GGUACGCUGGUCGGCGGUGUAGCCUUGUAUAGUGACCUGUGACUAAUUCCAACUAUGGACAAUACAAUCAAUUGACUGUAAUGAAAUGUUUUGUUAUUUAUGUAUACUUGGUCAUUGUUAUUCAUUUAUUAUUUUAUGUUUUUUAUUUAUUGCAUACCGGUACCGUAAUCCACAUUGUGGAAUCAUAAAAAAAAAUUCCCGGUGAACCGGUGCCGCUAGUAGCCUAUGAUCUGGUGGAGUUAACGAUACCGGGAUUUGGUAUAAUAAAUAGGCAACUUUUUAUUGUUUUUUAUUCAGUUCAUUACUAACUUUGAUAAAUAGGCCUACCGGUAUCACCAAUAUCAGAAUAUUUUAUUUCCAAAAUACCUGAGGAAAAUUGGAAGAAAUACAAUCAAUAACAAGGCUGCUUCACAAUCUUUUUAUUAAGAAGAUUACUUUAUGACAAAGAUAUGGUAAAACUCACAGAAAAGCUGGUGCUGGCACGAGCAAGAUCUAAAAGCUUAGGUGCUGUAAAGAACCUAAACUGUUGGGGCAGUGCUCUCUCAGAUAUUACAAUUGUUCGAAAAAUGCACAACAUUGAAGUGAUAAACGCCAGUGCAAACAACAUUGAAAGCCUUCAAGCUUUAUCGCAUUGCUGCAAUUUGAAAGAACUCUAUUUAAGGAAAAAUAAUUUAAAAAAUUUGAAUGAAGUUCUCCAUUUGAAAGAGCUAACAGAAUUAAGGAUUCUUUGGCUUUCGGACAACCCAUUUUGUGAUGACAUCAGUAAUACAAAAUACAGACUAACAGUUUUAAAAGUGCUGCCAAUGCUUGCUAAGCUGGACAAUGUAGUUGUCACUGCUGAAGAGGUAGAAAAAGCAAAAAAGGAAGGUGAUGAAUUGACGGAACCAGAAAGCAUCCCAGAAGAAACAAAUGAAUCAAAAGAUAAAGCUAUUCCUGUAAAUUGUUACCUCGUAAAUAAUAUUGACAAUCAAGAAAAUACAGAAUCUGAUAAACAAGAAAAAGAAUCAGAAGAAUCUAGACUUUCACCAUCUGAAAAUCAGUAUUCCGGCUACAACAAAGAAAAUAAUCACUGUCCAGUGGAUGAAACAAAUGAACUGAGAAAACAGUUGGGAUUGAGACCAUUACCACAACAACAAGAGAUUGUUACAAGUAAAUCAACAGCUCGAAAUACACAAAAAGAAACAUUAGGACAGAGUACAGCUAGUAUCAACAUUCUCUCUGCCACAUUGUCAUUGGUAAAAGAACUGGAUGAAGAAAGCUUACGAACAUUGCAAGAUGCCAUCCAAGACAGAUUGCACAGUAUUCACAGAGAAGAAAAUAUGAGUCAUGAGGAAAACCAUGAAGAUAUGACACAAGGGGUGAAUACAUCACAUGAAACCACCAUGCUUGCAGAUUGAAAUGAUCAAUUGUGGACAUGCUCUAUAUUGGAAAAACUGCUCGUUCAGGCAGGCAAGGAGAUCAUGACAACAUCACUGUAGCUUAUAGGUGUAUUCAUAUAUAUUUUUAUAUUGUUCCGUCUGUCUCACUGUGCAAAAAUAUUUGUGUUCCUACGGUAGCUGCUUUCGAAAUGCAGUAGUCACUUAAUAUCUGCUCUGUAAAUAUAAUUGGUGUAGACUGGAACUGUUAUUGAACACAACAUAGCUAUCAUGAUAAAUAAGCAUAUAUAUUUUAAAUUGGGGGAUGUACUGUUGAAUGUUGAAAAUGGAAUGUAAUUUGUGAUUACGAUACUUUUUAGCAUUCUUAUCAAUUGCGCUAUCAUUUCAUCUGCUUGCAGUCUUCUUUUCCAUGAAAAACUGCAAAAGAAUAAACACUUUCAUCAUCACGA